GGUCCUGGGGUCCCCUUUCCCCGCCAUCCCUUAUUCCUUUGCAAGGCUGAGUCUCUCUCUUAAAAUCCUAGGGACCCACCAAGGAGGAGACGGGAGCUUGGAAAGGUGGGAUUCCCCUCCUCCUUUCCCCCUCGCUCCCCUCCUCGCUCCCAGCCGUGGCCUGGUCCCCGCGUGGAGGAAGCACGAGAGGAAAUGCUUGGCCGAGCCAAGGCGGGGAGGCAGCUGUGUGCGAGGUUGUGGGGACGGAGGAGGAGUCACUCGGGCGUGGGCAUGGAGGAAGGGCACCGGGGCGGCGGGCAGAGCAUCCACUCGGCCAACGUGGGCGACGUCCACCAGGUGCCCCUGCGGGUCAUCCUCAGGCCCCUCCCGCCGGAGCUGGACCAGCGCAAGGUGGACAGCCUCAUGCGCACCAUCCAGGAGGAUCCUGACCAGGUGCCCCCGAUAGACAUCCUCUGGAUCAAAGGCCGCGAAGGAGGGGAUUAUUUCUACUCCUUUGGAGGAUGUCACCGCUAUGCCGCAUACAAGCGCCUGAACAAGGAGACCAUCCCAGCCAAAAUCAUCCACUCGACCAUCAGUGACCUGCGCACUUACCUGGGCUCCUCCUUGCCUGAUCUGAAGUAGUUGGGAUGAACCUAUGGCUCACCCAUUCACCAAUAAUGGUGGAAAUGCUGCUUUUGGUCCAGGUGGAAACCUGGACCCUGUUAUGAAGCCAUUGGCUCUUCUCUUCUGCACCUUCUGUGAUGGGGACUCAUUGGUUGAACUCCCAUUUGUCCCAUCUCUCCCAUACCUGGAAGUUCUUCAUCUCAACUCUUCGUCCUCUGGAUUGAACUUGUCUUCAUGGCUUGUAUUUGUCUUCCAACCUAGCAGACACCAAAACCAAAAUUUUCAGUGGGCCCUUACUAUCUGCAGAGGAAUGGUUCUAGAACUGUGUUGUCGAAGGCUUUCAUGGCUGGGAUCACAGGGUUGCUGUGUGUUUUUCGGGCAGUAUGGCCAUGUUCCAGAAGUAUACUCUCCUGACGUUUUGCCCACAUCGAUGGCAGGCAACUUCUGAGGAUGCCUGCCAUAGAUGUGGGUGAAACAUCAGGAGAGAAUACUUCUGGAACAUGGACAUAUUGCCUGAAAAAUACACAACAACCUGGUUCUAGAACUCAUCGCAGAUACCAGAAAUCCUCUGUGAGGUGGUAUAUAAUUUCCACUUAUUGUAUAUACUCUCAUGUAUAAGUUGAGGGUAGCUUUGGGACCAAUAUUAUGGAUUUCGAUAAGACCCAUGGAUAAGUUGAGGAUUACACCAUACAGAAAGGAAAGCACCAGGGACACCUCAAGAGGACGGCUGCUCCAGGAUGUGGCCACUAUUUCCUCACCCAAAUAUUCAAAAAAGCCAGAAGCAGCAGAGAGAGGAGAAGGGGUCUUCUGGGAUACACUAAGCCAGAUAUGGCCAAAUUUUGAUCCACCUUCAGGUGUUUUGGACUUCAUUCCCACAAUUCCUAACAGCUGGUAGGCAUAAUCUUAAGCUAUACUUUUCACAGAGUUUGAGUUCCUUCGCUUUUCAGGUUUCUUCCUAAAUGAAUCCUCCUACUCAUAUUGGUGCAGUGUGUUAAAGCACUGAGCUGCUGAAAUUGCAGACCGAAUGGUCCCAGGUUCGAAUGUGGGGAGCAGAGUGAGUGCCUGCUGUUAGCUCCAGCUUCUGCCAACCCAUCAGUUCAAAAACAUGCAAAUGUAAGUAGAUCAAUAGGUACUGCUCUGGCGGGAAGGUAACAGCAUUCCAUGCAGUCAUGCCGGCCACAUGACCUUGGAGGUGUCUACGGACAACACCGCUCUUCAGCUUAGAAAUGGAGAUGAGCACCAACCCUCAGAGUCGGACACGACUAGACUUAACAUCAGGGGAAACUUUUACCUUUACCUUUACACAUAUUGGCAUAACCUCCAUACUCCACCCAUCUCAAUCUCCAUACAGAACUGAGAAGACAGUGAAGUCUUUUGUCUCAUCCCUGUGCCCAAACUCAUGUUUGAUCUACCUGUUUGUCUAAUAGUUAUAGUACUUUAAAUGGCAGGACGUAAUGCCACAGCUCUGCAGACCCUCUUUGGUCACAGCUCUCACUCUGCAAAGAAGUCGUCUAAGUGUCCGUCAACACAGUUCUAAUAAACUGCUUGGUGACUGCAGUUACAAAGAGCUCCGUUUAACCUCAGGGUGCUUCUCUGUUUUUGGGGUCUAUGUCAUCUGGAUUUAGUUGUUGCUUUUUAAAAAAGAUUUUAUACUGUAAAACUAUUUUAAUAGACAUAAUUUUAUUUUCACUUUGAAAUGAUUGUUUUGCCAAAGAAACAUAGAUAUGUACAAAGCUCAAUAUUUUACUAUAUGCUACAGUAAGAACUCUUAACUAAAUCCGGAUUGACAAUUUGACUUUCUUACACCAGGAAAAAUGAUCUCUCCAGGUCAGUGGUUCUCAACCUGUGGACGCCCAGAUGUUUUGCCUUCAACUCCUAGAAAUCCUAACAGCUGGUAAAUUGGGAUUUCUGGGAGUUGUAGGCCAAAACACCUGGGGACCCACAGGUUGAGAACCACUGCUUUAGGUGCUUGCUAGGUACUCCAGAACAAUUCUCUCAUAUGCUUCCAUUGGAAGUUAUCAUAAAGUUGUGCUGGAGAAUCCAGCCAACUCAGAGAGCAUAUAUCUCCAGGAAUAGCUAGGUCCUCCAGUACAACUCUAAUAAAAUGCUGUAUACUUA